GGGAAGACAGAAUCGUAUCCUUUUGAAUUACUCCUAAAAAGCGAAAACUCGCCUUCCUUUCGCACUUCCUUCUCCGUCUAUCACUUCAAUCUUCGCUUCCGUUCGAUUCGCCAUGACAAAGCAGCAAGCUAAUUGGUCUCCCUACGACAACAAUGGAGGAUCUGUUGUUGCGAUUGCUGGGGCUGAUUAUUGUGUAGUCGCAGCGGAUACAAGAAUGUCAACCGGUUACAGUAUUCUGACUCGCGAAUACUCAAAAAUCUGUCAAUUAGCGGAUAAGUCUUUUUUGGCUUCUUCAGGAUUUCAAGCUGAUGUGAGAGCCCUACAGAAACAGUUAGCUGCCAGGCACUUGAUAUAUCAACAUCAACACAACAAGCAAAUGAGCUGCCCUGCAAUGGCGCAACUACUCUCUAACACCUUAUACUACAAACGUUUCUUCCCGUACUAUGCUUUUAACGUAUUAGGUGGUCUUGAUAAUGAAGGUAAGGGUUGUGUCUUCACUUAUGAUGCUGUUGGUUCCUAUGAGAGGGUUGGAUAUAGCUCGCAAGGUUCUGGUUCCACACUCAUUAUCCCCUUUUUGGACAAUCAAUUGAAGUCUCCCAGUCCACUCCUCUUGCCUGCACAGGAUGCUGUAACUCCACUCUCAGAAGCUGAAGCAAUUGAUUUGGUCAAAACUGUUUUUGCCUCUGCAACUGAGAGAGAUAUAUACACAGGAGACAAGCUGGAAAUUGUUAUCCUAAAUGCUGCUGGUACUCGUCGUGAGUAUAUGGAACUCCGUAAAGAUUGAUCUAUUCGAGGAAACCUGCUGCAGAUGUUGUGUGACAGAAUAUGUAGAAUUGCAUGAAGUCAUUUGGUAGGCAAAUCUAUGGAUGGUUAUUCGUGUUUUUAUGUCUUAUGGAUUGCAAUGUAGCUUUUAAAGGAAUACUUUUGAGCUGCUGCUUUUCCUGCUGUAUGGAAAAUGUAGUAUAUGCUGCUUGUAAUUUAGACCUUGCAGUUAACUUUGUUGGUACUAUUAAACAUUUAACGAUGAGUUUUCCUCUUUGGCAUAAGAACGUCUAAUGUAUGUUUACGGUUUG